UAUGGAGAUUUCAGUGAUUGGAAGCUCACAGGUGAAUGUUGGGAGGAUAAUUGAUGUUGGGUACUGUAGCUUUAGCAGGAAUUCGAAUAUUAAGUUAUUUAAUUCAAGGAAUUACAAUAAUUCAAAGGCGUGCAGCAGCAAUCUUGGUCGGAAUCAAACCCUAGUUUGUCCUUCAAGAUCCACCGUUGGUUUCUGUCUUAAAGCAUCUGCCUCUGCUCAGAAUCAAGCUGUUGUUUCUGAGGAAUCUUCAAACAUCACCGAGCCUAUUGAAAGCACGAAAUUAUACGUUGGUCUACCGUUGGAUACGAUCUCGAAAUCGAAUAAAAUAAACCAUGCUCGAGCAAUUGCAGCAGGGCUGAAGGCAUUGAAGUUAUUAGGUGUGGAAGGUGUGGAGCUCCCACUCUAUUGGGGGAUAGUCGAAAACGAGGCGAUGGGGGAAUACAAUUGGACAGGUUAUCUUGCGAUUAUCGAAAUUGUCCAAAAAUUGGGUCUUAAGCUUCAUUUAUCCGUUUGUUUCCAUGCAUCCGAAGAAGCUAAAGUUUCGCUCCCACAAUGGGUUUCGAGAAUCGGUGAAUCUGAGCCGUCCAUUUACUUCACGGAUCGAUCGGGGGGUCGCUACAAAGAUUGCCUAUCGUUGGGUGCGGAUGAUGUUCCUGUUUUGGAUGGAAAGACUCCGCUUGAAGUGUACGCAUCGUUUUUCGAGAACUUGAAAUCUUCGCUCUCGCCUUUCAUGGGUUCCACAAUCACCGGCUUGUCAAUAGGUCUCGGACCAAACGGUGAGCUACGAUAUCCAUCUCACCACCAAGUAAACGCACCACUCAAUCCGUGUCGGAGAUCCAAUAGAAACGGGGUUGUAGUAACGGGGGAGAAUUCGUUGGUUUCGGGUUCUCCGGUUGGGUUUGAGCAGAUGAACAAGAAUUUGUUGGGUGAAGACGCGGCGGUGGAUUUGUUCGUUUAUCAGAGAAUGGGAGCUUAUUUCUUUUCGCCGGAGCAUUUUCCCGCUUUCGCGCAGUUUUUCCGGGGGUUGAGCCAACCAACUCAGAGUUUGGAUGAUUUGCCAAUGGAGGAAGAUUGUGAGAAUGCAGAGUCUCUCUGUGGUAUGAAUCGAUACUUGCAAACGGCGUAGUUUUAGUAAGUGGUGUUAUUGUAAAUAUGGGCUAUUUUCAUCUUUGUGGGACCUACUUUGUGAUAAUAUAUACUACUACUAAUUAUGUCCUAAUGACAUAAUUAUUCCUACAA